GUACACACGCACUCGUUAGGCGCACGCGAGUGUGCACAUCAUCUGUCUUGUUCGACGGCGAACAAAAGCAUUCAGCGCGGGAUCCAAAGUUUUCCCACUAAUGAUGCCUUAACAUGUCCGCGUAUUUCAAGGACCUGAUCCGAUUUCCUUCACCGGUGUUUGUUGUUCUUUGCCGGCUGCUAUUGUUCCUUGCUUUUCGCACGGAACUUUUUGCAGAUUAAAGUUUUGCUGGUGCUAUGUUUAUCUUGGUACCGACUGUACAAACCGAUCUGAAGACAGAUUGGUGAUGGGUGCUUCAAAAAUGCGUCAUUACCUUUUUCACACGCAAUGGAAAUUCGAUAAGUGCCGACGGUCACCGACGACCGUACCAUCAUUUGCCAUUUGUAAAACAUUUGCUCUCAGCUUGAAGUAGAACUUGAUUCUUAACAAACAGCCAGUAGUGGAAUUAUAGCCGUGUAGUUUACUUUUUGGUAAUAUUGUGUGCACUUUAAAGAUCACAGUUUGCGCAAUAGGCAAUCAAUUCAUCCAUUUGCUUUUCUAAACGGAAAAGGGAGUACAAUUACGGAGCAUCUAGCCAGCCUCGAAACCCCUUAAAAGUACGUAUAUAAAGUAAGACGCUAGUAGGUUUGAAACAUGCCAAUUUGAAGAAUUUUUAACAAUAAAAAAUCAUACAACUUAAUUACCUAAACAUAUUACACUAGCUACAAGAGAGCAUACUUCAGCAAUCUUAAAAGCGAGCAACAUGUCGAAACUCUGACAAAAUGUGACAAUUUAACCAAAUUCAAGGGUCAUAAACUGGGAAGUGUUCUUGCACUACCGACUGAUAGAGAGAGAGAGCAAAAGUGAGAGCGAAAGAGAUGGAGGGUGAGAGCGCGCAACGGACAUGGGCACUAUGGAAAAUAUAAUACCAUGCCGGGUCGAAAUGCGCAGGGGAAUCGUUUAGUCGAAUACUAGGAUGCUCUAAAAAAAGCUUUCACGGCCUCUCGCAACUUUAUCCCAGUUGACACGAACGUUACAAAAUAUCUUAAACAUUCGGGGUAGCAGGUCCUUCUCCACCCUCUCUUCUCGCUCAAACGAAUCUCUGGAGAGGAUACUAUUAUUUUCAUUCUUUAUCGUAAGGUUGCUAUCGCAACGGGAGCAACGUGAGCCUUUAUUGUACAGCAUCUCCGCUUAUGGCACUCGUUUCAUUCGCAUACAUGGAUAAACUCUCACAAAAAGGCUAUCUAAAGGCACCACCGCUCACUGGAAACUGAGUUGCCUGAAGCCAAUGCAUUCACCAGGGGAAAUUGUGGAACAACUAUCGCGCUCAGCACCUGUACCGCCAUCAUUCACCAGCACGUUUCGUCUGGGUGUAUUUACCUUCACGUGUGGAAAGCGUGCGGACUGUGAAAAAUGUCCAUUACCUGAUUGCUUCAAUGCACGGCCCCGACUUGGUUUACACUUUUCUUGUUGUUCUGUUUUGCAAUGGGAGAAUAAAAAAGCAUCCAUGAACACAUGGCAGAGAUGACGCUUGGGAAAACCUGGUUGACAAGCUUCCAAUUCGGGCUGCAGGGAACUCGUUUUGAUUGGCUGCUGUCUAUAGUGAAAAGCCGUGCAGUGAAGCAGUUGUAGCUGAUGGCGUGGUGCUGGGCGGUAUUUAUCGGGCCGAACGUGAUAUGGGUGGCUGGCGUUUGUACGUUCAUGAAUAAAUAAUUAGAUUCAACAGCUUGUUAGCUCUGAGUUUCGUUGGUUGUCUUUGUAAGUGCGAUAAAACUUUCUAUUUCAUUAUGAUUUUCUUGAUGUAAGAAAAAGCCGAUCUUGUGACGAGCUCCGUUAAAUAUAUUUGUUGGCAUAUAAUGAUCGUUGCGUAUGGCAUAUUAGUAGCACUUACAGAUAUUAAACACUUCAAAAGCUCAUAAUUAAAAUAUUUCCUAAUCAGUAAACCUACCUCAACACACUUUACCGUAAAGUUUGCAGUUAUGUUUCGUUGUGCUCCGCAAAGGACGUAUGGUUCUUCCGGUGUUCAUAUCGUGUAACCUUUCUUAACUGAUAGCCCGUAACCCUCUGUCCUUAAGCUCAAUAAUAGAUGCCGACGGCAAAGGGCUCCCGCGCCACGAAUAGGUCUCAUAGAAAGUAUGAGUGAGAAUAAGCUUACCACUCAUUUCGACGCUUCCACUGGGGCAUUUCUUAUCAAGUCGAGUCACUCGAUUAUAUUAGCUGAAGAGACCUGCCGCGAGCCACAGGCAUCUCCAGCGCGUUGAGUGGUGGCUAACCAAUCUGACAUUGGAAGCGACACGGUACCCAGUCGCUCAAUUCCUGCAGUGAUAACACGAAAUUCCCUAGUAAUAUGAAUUGCAACAAGGUCCAAGGCGCCCACCGAUAAGCAUGGAGGAUAGAAGGCCUUCCCACAUUCUGAACCCCGAGAGCACAAGAGAAAGAGAGACGAGACCAGGCACAGCAUCCAACGCCGUGCGAGAUCAAAACCGCGAGAGCUAUCGCUGAGCGCCCGAAUCGGAAUGAGAUGCUGGGGAAAAAUCGAUGAUAAUCGUCGUCCCUGAAAGAGUGCUAGCCCUUCGGACCUGGGUAUCUCCCGCUGCAGAGCAGAGAGCAGAAGUUUGCAACGAAAGGACCGAUUCAGUAUGUUAGUGCAUCUCGUGGCGUAAUGACUGCGAGUCUGAACGGUCGCUUCAUACUGCGAGGUCCUUAGUCGUGUGCUGACUCCGUCGUUGCAAUUUCAACAGAAGAAAAUAAAACUAGCUGCACGGUAGGACUGUAAAACUGUGAGUGUAGUGUUUUGAUGGUGAGAAGUGGGUACGUUUGGGAGAGAUUUGCUACGAACGUUGGCAAACGCAAUUCAACAACACUAGUACAAGUGUUUAUCUGUGUGUUGUAAUACUAUAACUGCAUGUAAAACUAUUUUAAGUGGCUUUUCAUGCAGCCCUUCCAGCAGCAUCUCCGCUUCUCACAGCGAGAAUCUGUUACUGCAAACUGAAAAGACGAUAGAAGAUAUUUAGCGUUGAGUUGUCCUGUGUUGUUUAAUCUGUUUUAUCUUCCUGGUGCGAGCAGUUUGUUGCAUCAUACAGUAGACGCCGUGUCAUUGCAAAGAAAGAUUGAUUAAUUAUGUGAAAGUUGUCAGCCCGUAGCAACGUGACAUUCGCGCCAACGUUCCAAUCCAGUCUGACGAUCUCCGACCUCGUCUUCCGUUGCAAUUCAACUGAUAGGUUGCAGUGGCUCAGUUGCAUCAUAUGAUAAGUUGCUGUUUGAACGUGUUGUGGUGAUUGAAGUGUAUCUGAGCGCUUGGGUGAGCGUGUGUGCUAUCAAUAAAAAGAGAGAGAGAUAGAUAGAGGGAGAGAGAGAGAGAGAGAGAGAGAGAGAGAGAGAGCGAGAGAGAGAAGAGAAAGAGAGUGAAUUUAUGCGGCGGCACUUUGACCAUAAGACGGAAAGGUGCUAAAAGUAUAAAUGAUUUUAUAGUAUUUUCUUCACAUCAUCCUAGCAUCGUAGCGUUCUGGCAAGAUUACAGCAGAGUGUAAGAAUUGAUUAGCCCACACGAAACAUUUCGACAUCCCGUGCCGUGGCAAGUGAUUGUUGCAUGAGUGCAUAUGUGUUGUGGUACUGACCGAGCCGUAAGCAAAAUAUAGCAGAGGGGUCGCUAAGGUGAUCCUCGAUUUGGGCCGAUAAGUUGGGCUGUUUGAAAAGUGUACCGGCACCAGCCCACCAAUAGAGGUGUUUGCGAACCGUCCUGCAGUACACUCCGGGUCCCUGUUACCGGAGGGGGACAGUCUUGGCAGUGUGAAAGAUUAAUCGAAACCGGCCAGCACGAUGAAGCUCCGUGUGGCAGUCACGUUCGGGCUGAUCAGUGCCAUCCUGGUGAACUACGUCCAAUCGGCCAUCCCCGUGCAACCGACGACGACGACGACGACAACCACUGCGAAGAGCGUACUGGCGACUACGUCCGCGGUACCAUCGCUUAGGGUUUUUGGCAAACCAUCGUCAUCGAGUGAAGAGAGCUCCUGUCCCGGUGACAAAUUCCGCUGCAAGAACGGUAGGUGUAUCCUGAAGCGUUGGCAGUGUGACGGUGAACGAGACUGUGCCGACGGAUCGGACGAGGACGCCCAGCAAUGCCAGAGCAAAGUGUGCUCGUCGGAGGAAUUUACGUGUCGCAGUGGAACCGGCAACUGCAUCCCGCUGGGCUGGAUGUGCGACCAGAACCGGGACUGUGCCGAUGGGUCCGAUGAGAUGUCCUGCAAUGAAACCUGCCGAUCGGAUGAGUUCACCUGUGGCAACGGGCGCUGCAUCCAGAAGCGCUGGGUGUGCGACCACGAUGACGACUGUGGCGAUAAGACGGACGAGGACAACUGCCCAACCACGACGUGCGAUCCGCUGAAACAGUUCGCCUGUGCGGAGAACUAUUGCAUCACCAGCAAGUGGCGCUGCGAUGGCGAACCCGACUGUCCGGAUGGUUCCGACGAGCGGGGAUGUGCAAAUCCACCACCGCCUACGUUCUCCACCUGUCUGCCGCUGGAAUACCAAUGCAACGAUCGCAUCACCUGCAUCCAUCGGAGCUGGAUCUGCGACGGGGAGAAGGAUUGCCCGCGCGGUGACGAUGAAAUGCCACCGAUCUGUCAGAAUGUGACCUGCCGCUCGGACCAGUUCCAGUGCAAGAAGGACAAAACGUGCAUCAACGGCCACUUUGCCUGUAACGGCAAGAACGACUGUUCGGACGGUAGCGACGAGCAGAACUGUGGUGUGAACGUUCGCAGUGAGAAAUGCAACCCGAAGACAGAGUUCGAUUGCGGCGGUGGCAUGUGCAUACCGCUGGCGAAGGUUUGCGACCAGAACCCCGACUGUCCCGAGUUUCAGGACGAGCCGGCCGACAAGUGCGGCAAGAACGAAUGUCUGCAGGGUAACGGUGGCUGCUCGCAGCUUUGCGUGGACACACCAGCCGGCUUCUACUGCGACUGUAAACCGGGCUUUAAGCUGGCCGACAAUCGGACGUGUGUCGACAUCGAUGAGUGCGAAGAGCCCGGCUCCUGCUCCCAGAGCUGCAUCAACGAGAUCGGCACGUUCAAGUGCGAGUGUAUGGACAACUAUCUGCGCGACCCGCGCGAUCACACCCGGUGCAAGCCGAAGGAGGGUCACGCUUCGCUACUGUUUGCCCGCCGCCACGACAUUCGCAAGAUUUCGCUCGACCACCGUGAGAUGACGUCGAUCGUGAACGACACCAAGUCGGCCACUGCGCUAGACUUUGUGUUUCGUACUGGCAUGAUCUACUGGAGCGAUGUGUCGGAGAAGCGCAUUUACAAGGCACCGAUUGACGAAGGGUCGGACAAGACGGUCGUGGUGAAGGACCAGCUCGUUACCUCGGACGGACUGGCGGUGGAUUGGAUCUACAAUCACAUCUACUUUACCGACAUCAAAAAGUCAACCAUCGAGCUGACGAACUUCGACGGCAACAUGGGCAAGGUGUUGAUCCAGGACGAUCUGGAAAUUCCACGUGCGAUUGCGCUGGACCCUAUUGACGGUUGGAUGUACUGGACCGAUUGGGGCACCAAUCCAAGAAUUGAGCGUGCUGGUAUGGACGGUACCCACCGGCAAGUGAUUGUCAGCUACGAGGUGAAGUGGCCGAACGGAAUCACGCUAGAUUUGGUGCGAAAGCGUGUGUAUUGGGUCGAUGCGAAGCUGAACGUCAUCUCGUCCUGCAACUACGACGGCUCCAAGCGCUCGGUAAUACUGUACUCGGCCGACUAUCUGCGACAUCCGUUCUCGAUUACCACGUUCGAGGAUUACGUGUACUGGACCGAUUGGGACAAGGAGGCCGUCUUUAAGGCGAACAAAUUCACCGGCAAAGACGUCGAGCCGGUAACGGCAAUGCAUAUGCUGCAACACCCGAUGACGAUUCACGUGUACCACCCGUACCGCCAGCCGGACGGCGUCAACCACUGUCAGGCGGUGAACGGCCACUGUUCGCAUCUGUGCCUGCCGGCGCCCCAAAUUAACGCCAACAGUCCGAAGAUUUCCUGCGCCUGCCCGACCGGCCUGAAGCUGAUGAGCGACAGCUUGAUGUGCGUGGAGGACGAAAAACCCACGGCCGGGCCGGCGGGCGAGGAUGGCACGAGCAGCGGCCGGAUCGAUAGCAACAAUGGUAUGAAUAGUAGCGGUGCCAACAGGCACAUCGAGCACCACUCGAGUAACAUUUACGAUAGCAAUAAGGACAUCAUCGCAAACAUCUCCACCUUCCCCAACUCCAACUCCUCCACAACAUCAUCCCAACCAUCAUCAUCUUCAUCGUCUUCGUCUAGCUCUGUCCCCUCCGUGGCGCCCGGCGCAAAGAAUAACUGGCAGUCGACCAUUGGGCUGCCCGGGCUAAGCCGGCCGGGGCACUUGCCGAGCGGUGGCAGCAUCGCCAACAGUCUGCACCUGGCCGCCAUCUGUACCAACCUCACGCGCACGGUGGCAAUUAUGGAGAGUUUAAAAUCGUCCCCCGGUACGGUGCGGGACCGGGCCGCCCUGCACCGGUCCUACAUGAACCGGGUGGACGGGCCGGGGCAGCACCCGGCACGCUACUCGUACUGGGAGCAGCGCAAGCGAUUCAAUCUGCUCGAAAACCUUUUCCCCCGGGCGCCGGUCGAUGCGAUCGAGCGGGCGAACGAUGCGGCCGCGACCGACCACCGGACGCUCUACGAUAACGAGCUGUCCGCCUCGCUACAGUAUGUGAGGUGGAUUUGCGAAAAGUAUCGAGCGACGAUGCGAAAUGGUACGGACGGUACGAUCAUCCACCCGGGCGUGGUCGAGAAGGACUCCGGCCAGGUGGCCCUCGUUGCCAUCGUCAUCGUUUCGUUGGUGUUGGUCAUCGUCGGAUUGAUUGUGUUCGUUCUCUACCGGCACUACACGCAUCGAAACUCGACCACGAUGAACUUUGACAAUCCGGUGUACCGAAAAACGACCGAGGACCAGUUCAGCCUGGAGAAGAACAUACAGAGCCGCAUGUACCCGAGCACCGUCGGCGAAGAGGCACAGGAACCACUGACCCGGCCGGCCACCAACGAUUUUGUGUGAGCGAUGCGACCCGCGGCACUGACCAAAAACCAAAAUGCGCACAAAAUUUCAACGUGGCUGUUAAGCAGUAAGCAGUUAAACGGAUAAGCAGAAGCAAAGAGUGAAGCAACAACAAACCCCACCCGCUCAAAUAUUAAGCUAAAUUAAAAACGGUGGUAGUAAGCAGUAGAGAAGAAGAAGAAGAAGAAGAAAAAGAAGAAGAAGAAGAAAAAGAAGAAGAAGAACUAGAAGUAGACUAAGAAGAAAGCAAAAACAAUUCUGCAUCUUUGUCCUAACCGAGCGACGGAAGUCAAACCAACCAACAACUCAAAAUAGUUUCCGAUCAAGCUCUCAAUCAAAACCAGUUAAACCUGUGUAAUUGUGUGCAAUAUUAAGUUAAAAUCAAAGCAAAGCAAACAUACAAAUACUCACCAACCAGGAACGGCAACAGUAGUAGUAAGGGAAGACCAUUCGAGGCGACGAAUACGAUUUAUGAUCCUUUUUUUUCUAAUACGAUUAAUUUCUAAUACGAUUGAUUAAUGCCUGUACACACUUCCCUAAGACAGUUGGCGCACAUGAUCGUGGAGUGUUUGGAGUGUACAAGUCGCUCGAAGGCUUCGAGCUAUACGCAAGAAAGUACGCCAACUGUUUCAGAAAAUGUGAAAAUUCCUUCAAGUUUAGUAAUUGGUUUUCCCCUUCCUUUCCUUUUCGAAUGAUUUGCUGCUAUCAAGUUGCGACCGAUCAAACGAUCACGCACUGUUGUACCCACGAGAGUGGGAGGGCAGUAAAUCGACCAAAGGAAAGGGUUCACAACAGCUCUACUCUUGCAUUGUAAAGUCAAAUUUCAGCUUCAAGUUAGUUUAAAUUUAGAUAGUGGAAAACGGUUGACAGUAAGCAUAGCUCGCUCGAAACGCUGAGGUCCGGUUUUGCUGCGGUGGUCAAUGUUUGUUAGCAAAAUCUAUUCGGGAAACGGUGAUCAGGUGUGUGUGUGUGGGGGGGCAGUUUAUGCUCCAGCGCGGUGACGUUUAUUUAAGUGUGUUACUUUACAGCGUGUUUUAAGGUACAGCAGAAGUAAAGGCUGUAUAAAGGAGGAGGUGAGAAAACUCCCACAGGAAGUUAGAAGUUCCGACGCCGGAUAGGGAAGGCAGACGAUCCACCUGGAUGGAUCGGGUGCGUCCAAUUAAUAGUCCCGACUAACUAGAGCGGUAGUUGUAAAUACACGUAGUUCUUUAUGUUUUUUUGGUUGAA